AUGGCUUCUUAUGAGUUGGUAAUGGGGAUUCUCCUCCUCUUCCAGACUGUAGUUGGGCUUCUAGGGAAUUUCUUAUUCCUAUGUUUUUAUAUAUUGACUUUGUUCACUGAACAUACUCAGAGACCUACAGAUCUAAUUCUCAACCAGUUGGCCUCAGCCAACCUUCUAGUCCUUCUCUCUAGGGGAAUCACUCAGACACUGGCAGCUUUUUGUUUGGACUAUUUCCUGGGAGAAGCUGUGUGCAAGAUUACCUUUUAUACUCAUAGGGUGGCCCGAGGCGUUUCUCUAUGCACCACCUGCCUUUUGAGUGGCUUCCAGGCUAUCACUAUUAAUCCUAAUAAUUCCAGGUGGGCAGUACUCAAACUGAAGGCUCCUAGAUUUGUUCAACCCUCCUGUUGCCCCUGUUGGAUUCUUCAUCUCCUGAUAAAUAUUGUUGUGCCAGUGAAAGUGACUCAUCCAGGGAAUACUAUAAACAUUACAAAAAUGAAUUUUGGACUAGGUACUACAGAAGGGUCUCAUUCAUCCAUAAGCUAUGCAUUCCUCUUUACCUUCCUUGAUAUUUUGUCUUUGGGACCAAUGGGUUGGGCCAGUGGCUCCACAGUGCUCUUCCUGCAAAGACAUAAGCAGAGAGUCCAAAACCUUCACCACACCAGUCUCUCUUCCAGAGCCUCCCCAGAGACCACUGCCACUCACACUGUCCUGCUUCUGGUGAGCUCAUUUGUUUCUUUUUAUUUUCUAUCCUCCAUCUUAUCACUCUAUAUGACUGGCUUUGUCACCCAAAGCCUGCAGCUCAUGAACAUCAGUGCAUUCCUGGCUGCUUGUUUUCCAGCUUUUAGCCCCUAUCUCUUCAUCAGCCAUGACAUUCAAAUCUUAAGAAUCUACUUUGUUAGUUGUAAGACAAAAAUCUCCAAAUAG